AUGGUGGUGUAUUCCUUCUACAUCUUCGACCGUCACGCGGAAUGUAUAUACAAACGACGGUGGCUCCCUCGCCCAGCCUCGAUUCCAGGUAGUAAAUCCUCCCGACCUACCUCGGAAGCUUCAGCCCAGGCCACCAGUGCCCCCGCGCUUCUUGGACAAUCCGCGCGGACAACCGAUGACGAUGCGAAGCUGAUCUUCGGUACGGUAUUUUCGCUACGUAAUAUGGUGCGCAAACUUGGGGGGGAAGAUGACAACUUCGUUACCUAUAAGACGAGCCAAUAUAAGCUGCACUAUUACGAAACGCCCACCAAUAUCAAAUUCGUCAUGCUCACAGAUAUCAAGAGUCCCAGUAUGCGCAUUGCCCUACAGCAAAUCUAUAUCAAUCUUUACGUUGAAUACGUGGUCAAAAAUCCGUUGUCGCCUGUUGAACAUCCCGGUGGUGUGGGUGUCAAUAACGAGCUUUUUGAGGAGUCUCUGGAGCAGUUUGUGACGCGAGUCUUGUCGUGA